CCCUGGCAGUGCCACUCGCAGUGUCACACCCCGGGGCGAUGCCAGGUGCCACCAUGUCCCUGCAGAAGUGCCACAUCCAGGGUCACGUCCUUGGGCACUGCCAGGUGCCACCACUCUGCAGAAGUGCCACAUCAAGGAUCUCUGCCAAGUGCCACCAUGUCCCUUCUCCAGCAGUGCCACACCCAGUGCUGGCUCUUGGACAUUGCCAGGUGCCACCACGUCCUCCCCUGGCAGUGCCACACCCAGGGUCACAUCCAGGGACACUGCCAGGUGCCACCACUCUGCAGAAGUGUCACAUUCAGGUUACUUCCAAGUGUCACCAUGUCCCUUCUCCAGCAGUGCCACAUCCAGGGUCACUGCCAAGUGCCACCACAUCAUCCCUCAGCAGGGCCACAUCCAGGGUCACAUCCUUGGACACUGCCAGGUGCCACCAUGUCCUUUCUCCAGAAGUGCCACAGGUGCCACCAUGUCCCUUCCCCAGCAGUGCCACACCCAGUGCUGGCUCUUGGGGCACUGCCAGGUGCCACCACAUCCUCCCCUGGCAGUGCCACAUCCAGGGUCACGUCCUUGGACACUGUCAAGUGCCACCACUCUGCAGAAGUGCCACACCCAGGGUUACUUCCAAGUGCCACCACGUCCUUCUCCAGCAGUGCCACACCCAGCGCUGGCUCUUGGACACUGCCAGGUGCCACCACUCUGCAGAAGUGCCACAUCCAGGUUACUUCCAAGUGUCACCAUGUCCCUUCUCCAGAAGUGCCACAUCCAGAGUCACAUCCUUGGGCACUGCCAGGUGCCACCAUGUCCCUUCUCCAGCAGUGCCACAUCCAGGGUCACGUCCUUGGGCACUGCCAGGUGCCACCACGUCCUCCCCCGCGGAUCUGGGGGGUCUCUGGUGCCUCGGGGGUCCCCACGCUCCCGGCAGGAUCUGCUGGAAUUGGCUCUGGCACAGGUGA